AUGGCCAGCCGAUCGCGCUCAAGGAGUCGCAGCCGCGAAGUGGCGGUCGAGGUGCGUUUGCCCAGCGGCCGCAGCGCCUCUCUGCGUCUCAGCUGCGACGCCACGGUGCGGGAGCUGAAGUUGGAGGCCCAGCGGAGGCUGAAGCGCCGCUUCCUGAAGCUCACCGCGCAGGGCCGGUGCCUGGACCUGGCCGCCCCGCUGCGCGCGGCGGGCGUGGACGGUGACCUCGUGGAGGCCGUGGCGCAGCGCCCCGAGAUCGCGGCCACGAACUUCGCCUUCGCUUUGUUCGUGCCAGGGGGGCCGGUGGUGACCUGGGGGGACAAGGCGGCUAAAACGAACAACUGCUGGGCGCCUGUGACGAAGGCGGCGCAGAUCGCGGCGAGUGCCCGGGCCUUCAGCGCCAUCAGGGAGGACGGCGCUGUGGUGAAAUGGGGCGACGUCCUCUACGGGGGGGACCUCGACGUGAUCGGGCACGUGCCGGGGGCGCAGUUGCGGCAGCUGGCCCUCGCGGAGGGAAGUCGUGCCGUACGAAUUCAAGCUUCGGGCCGUGCGUUUUCCGCCAUCCUGUCAGACGGCACGGUGCAGGCUUGGGGCGCUAUGGAGGGACAGAACCGCAUCUUCAAGCGGGUUCAGCAGAUCCAGUCAACCCGACAAGACGGGUUCGCUGCAAUCCUGGAUGAUGAUAGCACCGUGUUCACGUGGGGCAACACACGUUGGGGCGGAGACUGCGACGAGGUUCAGAAGCAGCUGUGGGACGUGAAACAAAUCCAGUCGACACAUGGCGCGUUUGCUGCGAUCCGGCAGAAUGGCUCGGUAGUGACUUGGGGAGAUCCAGACUAUGGCGGCGACAGCUACCAGGUACGAGGACGGCUCAAAGGGGUGAAAGCAAUCCAAGCGACAGAUCGCGCUUUUGCCGCCAUUUUGAAGGAUGGCACCGUGGUUUCGUGGGGCAAUGCGGACCUGGGGGGCGACAGCAGAGAGGUUCAAGAAGAGCUGAUGAAGCAGGUCCAGCAGAUCCAGUCGACCGCGGGCGCCUUCGCCGCAAUUCGCCAGGAUGGCAAAGCAGUGUGCUGGGGAAGCCAUCUUUGGGGCGGCGACAGUAGCAAGGUGGCUACGCCUGGGGUCCGAAUGAUCCAAGCGAGUUGCGGUGCAUUUGCCGCCAUCCUGGAAGACACGUCUGUGGCUACUUGGGGUCAUGCGGAGUAUGGCGGGGACUGCAGUCAGGUGCGAAACAAACUGAGAAACGUGCAGCAGAUUCAAGCAACGAGUCGAGCUUUCGCUGCCAUCCUGGGAGAUGGCUCUGUGGUAACUUGGGGCGAUUUGCUGUAUGGAGGUGAGAGUGGAGAGGUAUCAGACCAGCUGACCCGGGUGCAGCAGAUCCAAGCGAACCCCCACGCCUUUGCCGCCAUUUGCGAAGAUGGCGCCGUAGUGACCUGGGGGGACGAGAACAACGGGGGCGACAGCAGUCAGGUCCAAGAGCAGAUGGACUUGUUGUGA